UCAUCUGCUGGAUACAGGGUGCCUUGUGCUCCCUGGCACAAGAAAUGGCUGGGUGCUGGCUCCUGGCCCUGUGCUGCCUCGCGGCGUCUCUCCUGCCCACAGCCCUAAGCACCAACAGAGGAGAAGUCUGCGACUGCAAUGGGAUGUCCAGGCAAUGCAUCUUCGACUGGAGCCUCCUGAGGGAGACGGGGAACGGGUACCGCUGCCUUGGCUGCCUGGGAAACACAGAGGGUGCACACUGCGAGCGCUGCAAGGAGGGCUUCUUCCGCCAGCAGGAGGUGGACUGCUGCCUGCCCUGCCACUGCCACCCCCAGGGUGCCCUUGGCCCACAGUGCGACAGUGAUGGCCGAUGUACCUGCAAACCCGGUGUGAUGGGCAAGAAGUGUGACCAGUGCCAGCCGGGCUUUGAGUCCCUCUCCGAGGCUGGGUGCCAGAGGAACGGGCAGUACCCGCAGUGUGAGUGUAACCCGGCUGGCAGCACGGGGGUCUGCCGCUCUGGCCGCUGUGUCUGCAAGGCAAGCGCUACCGGAGAGCGGUGUGAGAGGUGCAAGCGAAACUUCUAUAACCUGGAUGCCAGAAACCCUGCAGGAUGCUCCCCCUGCUUUUGCUAUGGGCACUCAGGUGCAUGUGUCAGUGCGGAAAACUACAGUGUCUACAACAUCACCUCCACCUUCCAGCAAGGUGCUGAAGGCUGGCAAGGCAUCCAUGAAAGUGGGUCCCCAGCCCAGCUCCAGUGGUCCCCACGCCAUCAGGACACCUUCAUAGCAGCGAGGAGAGCGGAGCCGAUAUACUUCAUGGCACCUGUGAAAUUCCUUGGAAACCAGCAGCUGAGCUAUGGCCAGACGCUCUCCUUUGAUUACCGCCUGGACCGAGGGGGACGCCAGCCAUCUCCGCAUGAUGUGGUCCUGGAAGGAGGUGGCCUGAGAGUCACUGCCCCCUUCUUACCCCAGGGGAAGGUUCUGCCUUGUGGCAUCAGCCAGACAUACACAUUCAGGUUGGAUGAGCACCCAAGCAGCAAAUGGAGCCCAAGGCUGAAUCACUUUGAAUAUCGCAGGCUGCUGGGAAACCUGACAGCUCUCUGGAUCCGAGCCACGUUUGGGGAGUACAGCACUGGCUACAUUGACAAUGUCACCCUGGUGUCAGCACAGCCUGUCACCGGAGUCCCCGCUCCCUGGGUGGAGCGCUGCGACUGCCCUGCAGGGUACCAGGGGCAGUUCUGCGAGAGGUGUGCCCCUGGUCACCGCAGAGAUGCUCCUGGCCUGGGGCCCUUCAGCAUCUGCGUGCCAUGCAAUUGCCAGGGGGGAGGAAUUUGUGAUCCUGACACAGGUGAAUGCUACUCAGGAGACGAAAAUGUGGGCAAUAGCAUCAGCUGCCCCUUUGGCUUCUACCGAGACCCCCGGCAGCUGCACAGCUGCAGGGCCUGCCCCUGCGGCAAUGGCCAAGGCUGUUCGGUGGUACUGGGUGGUGAGGAGGUCAUCUGUGACAGCUGCCCUCUUGGAGCUGCCGGUGCCAACUGCGAGUACUGUGCUGACGGUUAUUUUGGAGACCCAGCGGCUUCCCGGCCCUGCCAGCCGUGCCAGUGCAAUGGCAACGUGGAGCCCAACGCCGUGGGGAACUGCGACCGCCAGACGGGCGAGUGCCUCAAGUGCAUCUACAACACUGCCGGCUUCCACUGCGACCGCUGCAAAGACGGCUUCUUUGGGAACCCCUUGGCCCCCAAUCCUGCUGACAAGUGCAGAGCUUGCACCUGUGACUUGCCCGGUGCCGAGCCCCUGAAGUGUGGGAGUGAUGGGAGCUGCAUCUGCAAGCCUGGCUUUAAGGGUCCCAGCUGUGAAGAGAGCGAGUGCCCAGCUUGCUACAGCCAGGUGAAAGCCCAGGUGGACCUGUACCUGCAGCAGCUGGCAGAGCUGGAGUUGCUGUUCUCAGAGGUGCAAGCUGGUGGUGGGGCUGAGAGCCAGGAGCUGGAGCGGAGGAUGCAGCUGGCUGAGGAAAUGCUGCAGACCAUCCUCGGGGAAGCCCUGAGCCUGCAAGCCUCUGACAGGUCUCUGGAAAGCCGUGUGGCCAGGAUAAAGGGGCAAGGGUCCAGCUCCCAGAGCCGCUUGGAUGAGAUCAAGGCAACGGUGGAGAGGCUGAGGUCUCUUGGUAGCCAGUAUGAGAGGCAGGUGCAGGACACCCGGCAGCUGCUGGAGAGAGCAAGGCUGGACCUGGACCGCAGUGGAGCUGCUCUGCAUCGGGUGACCAUUCCUGUUUCAAACCUCCCUGGGGGAUCAAAUCAGUUCUUGAUGCUGGCCCAGGAGGCUCUGAGACUGGCCAACAGCCACAUGCAAGCUGCCAACGCCAUUGAGCAAGCCGUGAAGGCAGCGCGGGAGGACACACAGCAGGCGCUGGAGCUGGUGCGUGCGGCUGCUGGUGGAGAAGCGGCCACCUCUGGCUCCCUGCGAGGGCUGCUUGGGAAGUAUGAGGAGCUGAAGUUGUUGGCUGGAGACCUGGAGGCUGAGGCCAAUGGGAUGACUUCCAAGGCAGACAAGGCGUAUCAGGGCAGCCUGGUGCUCCUCAACUCCUUGUCCCGCUUGAUGAAAACCGACAUCAGCUCCUUUGAGAGGGAGGCAACCCGGCUGAAGCAGGAUGCCAGCACUCUCCUGAGCCUGGUGGACACCUACAUGGCAGAGUACCUGCAGCUGCAGAGCCGCACAGGGCGCUGGGAGGAAGAAAUCAAGCAGCUGCUACGGAGGGGAGAGGGCGAGAGAGCAACCCUGACACAGCUGCUGUCCCGAGCCAACCUUGCCAGGAGCACAGCCCUGCAAGCCGUGAGUGCUGGCAACACCACCUUCUACGAGGUAGAACAGAUCCUGAAGAGUCUCCAGGAGUUUAACCUGCAAGCAGGUGACAAGAGAAGGGAAGCUGAAGAUGCCAUGAGGAGGCUAUCGAUUAUCAGCAGCAUGGUCACAAGUGCCAAGGAGAAGACGGACCGAGCCGAAGCAAUCCUGGGCAGUGCCACUUCCGAAUCCAAGGCAGCCAGCAGCGCGGCAGGGGAAGCGAAGGAGAUCACCAUGGGAAUCCAGCAGGAGAUCACACGGCUGAAGGUGGAAGCCAACAAGACGGCUGAUGGCGUCCUUGCCCUAGAGAAAGCAGUGGCCACUCUGCAGCGUGAGGCCAAGGAAGUAGAUGGCAUAUUUGAGAGGAAGCUCUCAGAGGUUGAGGCAGACGCUGCUGUGAUACAGGAGACAGCUCAGGAAGCUCAGAGGGUCCACGCCGAAGCUGGCCGGGCAGGGGUGGUCAUGCAGGAGACACUGAACUUCCUGGAAGAGCUGCUGCAUCUAAUGAACCAACCUGCUGUCGUGGAUGAGGAUGGCCUGAAGCAGCUUGAAAUGAAUUUUAGUAAAGCCAAAAUUCGAAGCAGCCAGCUGAAGGAUAAGAUGUCGGAGCUGGAGCAGACAGCCACACUGCAGAAGGCCCGGGUACGGACGCUGGAGAGCAGCAUUGAUGAGAUCCUGGCAGAUAUUAAGAACCUGGAGGAUAUCCAAAGGAGCCUUCCUCCAGGCUGCUACAACACAAAAGCCAUUGAACUGCCGUGAGCUAGCUCUGGAAAGGCUGCAGCACCUGCCAGGCUGUGAAGGCAGGACAGCCUGGCCCAGCUGCCCUCCUCAAACCAGGCAGGACCAGCUGCCUUUGUGUUGAACUGAUCCUUACCCUCAAUUUCAGCGUGGCAGCUGAAGUUCAUGUUGCCACACUGGCCCUGGAGAGUCCCUGAUUUUUCAAAGUUGUCCAUCCCUCAGUCACAGGAGGAAGGAGACAUCUGGUUGUGUGCAGGUGCUACUGGCUGGAGAACAGCCCGUUCCUACAUUUCUCUGAGGUGCAGGUGGGGGUUGCUUGGUGUCAACCUUGGGAGUUUGCACAGUUCAGAGCCUGAAGUUCACAGCUGAGAGGUUCUCCACCCCCUGUGGAUCCGCUCUCCUGGUCUGUCACACACAGAAGGACUAGAGUCUCUCUCCUUACUUUUGACACUGCCACCACCACCUCCUCCUCAUUCUCUCUGCAGGGUGUUCCUUGCCUUUGGUAGCUCAGAAGGUAGGGAGCUAGCGGCAUGAAGUGGCGGCCAGGAAAGAUGAGUUUUGAGAUGUGGCACCAGUGAUGCUUCACAUGGCUUUCUCCUCCCAACCUGCCCAAUCUUCUUGCUGGGAGUGGAGCUGGUGUGGUUUUGCUGUUGCUUGGAGAUUUGGCAUCAGAUGUUGCUGAUGACCCUUUUCAUAAAGCUGCAGGUCUUCCACUGUGCUUCCCAGUGAGGUGGUUACUGUUUUGUUAAAGGGAUACAAAAAAUGUGGCAGCUGCCUCUGAGUUCAGGGUGAUGUGCUGGAUGGAGGAAGAAGGGGCCCCCAGGCUAGCAGGUUAGUAGAGGAGAGAACUGCUGGGGCUCCUCAAAUGGAAAGUCUUUCCUGCUCCACCUGCUCCCUUCAGCCAGGAGGUGAGGACCCCCUUUCUUUCUCCCACACUUCUUUUCAAGUCUCAAAGCCCCUGAGGGAUGGCUCUCUUGUCAGAGCUCCUGGGCAAGAACAGGUCUCCCUACCGUCCCCUUACACACUCAAGCACAACCUUUCCUUCCAAGACCAGCCAGAUUGAUACCAGAGACUUUCCUAGGUCUCCCAGAUCCUGGGAGAAACAAGGUGGUGUCCCCACAGCAUAAGCCCCCAGGACCCUGCAGCAGUUGUCACCAGAACGGGGACUUUCUCCAGGGGUCUGUAGCCACAAGCUCUCAUGGCUGAGAGCCUCGUCCCUCCUGCUGGAGUGCCAGCACCCUGAUUUGAUCAAUUUAAAAAUACAGACAAUGUCUUAAAUGCAUCUCUGCCUCUGGUUUGGUGCUGCCUGUUCCUCUCUACAUCCAUCCCUUCCACCCAUGUGGUGCUUGAUGUUUCAUAGAGGCUCAAGUAGUUGUCUGCAGGGUUUCCCACUGUACAUCUGAGCAGAGCUUGGAGAAGCUGAAGACUAUGCUCCUUCCUUCAUCUACCCACGGCUUUCCUGUGGGUCCAGCUCCAUUCUGACACUGCUGCCAGCUCCCUUUUAGAUGCCGUUUCAGGGGAAAAAAAAGCUAGCAGGUGCUGCAAGUCAACUCUGCUGAAGCCUUCUGACCUGCGUGGUGGUGAAAGAGGAGGUCCUGGAUGGCAGAGGACACUUUGGGGGACAUGCUUCUCCCUCGUUAGCGCUGAUUGUCUGAUAACGCAGUGCCUGUGCUUUUGCUUGAUAAGGAUAUACUGAGUAAAAUGUCUGCCUUAUACUUUUAUUUAAGUGAGAUGUACUGCCUCUGGCAUGUUCUCCUUCUCCCAUUGUACAGCAUAGGGACAGAUAUUAUGGGCCUGACUUUAUUUUAACUCGAGUUGUGUUUUUUUGAAAGGAGAGAGGUCAGUAAAUACUGAAUACUUUUGGCUGGAUCUUGCCUACCGGUUUAUUUUCUCUAGCUUCCUGUUCUGGGUGAGUUUGGCCAUCAGCUUUCCCAGCGGUACAGCCCCUUGUGCUCUUCAUGCUGACUCAGUCUUGGGGCUGUUCUGAAAUG